AUGACCAUCGUCGGUGGAAGAGAAAGCAAGGCUUUCCUGAGGAAGCCCAUCACCAAAGUGGAAGGCCCGAGACCACAAGCGACGCGCACGAUAAACGGCGCCAGGCCGUCUUCAUCUCAAAUCAAGCAAAUCAAUCAACCCACUGGUGCGUCGACCGCCACUAUCGAGCCACGGACGAAGCACAUGACCCCUGCGAUCUAA